AAGGUGCCACUCUCGGGGCAGAGACUUGGGGGCAAGUAGAGGAAUUUACAGGAGUUGGGGAAUUUAUUGGAAGGAAUUGAUCUCCUUUAUUUCCCACCCCCUUGUAUUACUAUUGAGUCCUGGGCCCCCCCUGCUUGUGUCCCUGCCAGUCCUGAUCCAGCCCGGGGUGCUAAUAGUAUCAGUGAGUAUAUUGGGGGAAUAUAGAGCCCCUUGUACUAAGGUGCCAAUACCUUGUGCUGUGUGUGAGGGAUAGCUUCCCCUUUAACCUGGGCAAUGGGGCUGUUUUACUGCCAUAAGAACAGCAGUGUCACCAGUAAUGUGUGGAAAGGGUUAAAGAGCCAGAUCUGCAGUCGGGACCCUCAGGGUUUGGAGCUGGACGAGAUCCACAUGUUACAGCAGAGACGGAUCCAGGAGAGCCCAGUACUCCGAGCUGCCAAGGAGAAUGACGUGAGAGCCCUUAGGAAGCUCCAGGGCUGCCCCUCCACUGAUCUCUAUGCCAGAGGUGGCGUGGGGGAGACGGCGCUCCAUGUGGCGGCGCUAUACGAUAAUAUGGAGGCUGCGCAACUCCUCAUCAACGAAGCUCCCGGCCUUGUGAAUCUGCCCUGCACCUCGGCAUUGUAUGAAGGCCAAACAGCGCUGCACAUCGCGGCCGUGAAUCAGAAUCUGAAUCUGGUGAAGCUGCUGCUACAGAGAGGCGCCGACAUCCUCUCCCCCCGCGCCACCGGCACCUUCUUCACUUUCCAUCAGAGAAACCUCUUCUACUUUGGGGAACACGUUCUGACAUUCGCUGCCUGCGUGGGACACGAGGGAAUCGUCCGUCUCCUUAUCGAGAGCGGCGCCAAUAUCCGAGCCCAGGACAGUUAUGGUAACACAGUUCUGCACAUUCUGGCUCUGCAGCCCAACAGAACCUUCUCCUGUGAGAUGUUUGAUCUGAUCAUGAGCUACGACAAGGGGGACCGGGGUCCGAGCCUGGAUACCGUCCCCAACAACCGGGGACUCUCCGCCCUACAAGUGGCCGCUGCCGAGGGCAACACGGUGAUGUUCCAGCACUUGGUCCAGAGACGGAAACACAUCCAGUGGACGUUUGGCCCAUUGAGCUCCACGUUGUAUGACCUGACAGGGAUUGACUCCUGGGGGGAGGACCAGUCCGUUUUGGAGAUCGUUGUCGCUUCCAAAAAGAAGGACGCCCAGCACAUUCUGGAUCUCACUCCGGUGAAGCAGUUGGUGUUCCUCAAGUGGCGGAGCUGCGGUCGCCCCUACUUUUGGCUCCUGGCCGCGCUCUAUAUUCUCUAUAUAGUGACCGUGACAAUGUGCUGCAUCUACAGACCCCUCAAACCCAUCCCUGGAGCCUUCAACCAAUCAAAUCCGGGUCGAGACAUAACUAAGUUCAUGCAGAAGCCCCUCACCGAAGCCUAUGAGACUUAUGAAGAUGAUCUGCGUCUGGUUGGAGAGCUAAUUAGCGUGGGCGGGGCAAUUAUUAUAUUACUACUGUUGAUUCCAGAUUUGCUCAGAGUCGGAGCCACCAGAUAUUUUGGACAAACCGUUCUGGGAGGCCCUUUCCACGUUAUCAUAAUCAUAUUUGCCAUAAUGGUUCUGACUACGCUGGUGAUGAGACUGACUAGCAGCGACGGGGAGGUGGUUCCUAUGUCCUUUGCCCUUGUGUUUGGUUGGUGCUACGUCAUGUAUUUUACAAGGGGUUUCCAAAUGCUCGGGCCCUUUACUAUCAUGAUACAGAAGAUGAUAUUUGGGGACCUUUGGCGCUUUUGUUGGCUUAUGGCUGUCGUUAUUCUGGGCUUUGGAGGAGCCUUCUAUGUCAUAUUCCAGACUGAGGACUCAAGUCAGUUGGGGCAGUUCAUGAACUACCCCAUGUCCUUAUUCACCACAUUCGAACUUUUCCUCACAAUCAUCGAUGGACCUGCCAAUUACGCAGUGGAUCUGCCGUUCAUGUACAGCGUCAUGUACUCUGCGUUUGCGGUCAUUGCGGCGCUUCUCAUGCUCAACCUGCUCAUCGCCAUGAUGGGAGACACUCACUGGCGAGUUGCUCAUGAGAGGGAUGAACUGUGGAAGGCUCAGGUCGUUGCCACCACUAUAAUGCUGGAGAGAAAGAUGCCAAAAAGACUGUGGCCGCGUUUAGGAAUCUGUGGGAAAGAUUAUGGGCUGGGAGAGAGCUGGUUCCUACGAGUUGAGGAAAGAAAAGACGUGGAUAGGAAGAAGAUAAAGCCCUUUGUGGAGGCGUUCCAAUGCGCCGAUGAAGAUGACAGAAAGAGUGAGAAGGAGACCCCCAAACCUGCACUCAGCGAGGAGAAAGUAACCAUUUCCCUCCCAAACAAGGAGGCUCCUCCCUCUCCCUCCAUGCUCAGCCUUGAGUCAAAUACGUCCCAAAGAAGGUCCAACCGGGGGUGGGAGAUUAUAAGGAAAACUCCCAUUGAUCAACUCCAGGGCAGAACCAACUAUGGUCUAGACACUGAGGAUGAGGUAUAUGAGGUCUGAAAUGAUACGGCAGAUAGUUAUAUGGCAGAUAGUUAUAUGACAAAAAGUUAUAUGACAAAUAGUUAUAUGGCAGUUAGUUAUAUGACAAAAAGUUAUAUGGCAUUUAGUUAUAUGACAAAAAGUUAUAUGGCAGAUAGUUAUAUGACAAAUAGUUAUAUGGCAGUUAGUUAUAUGACAAAAGUUAUAUGGCAGGUAGUUAUAUGACAAAUAGUUAUAUGGCAGUUAGUUAUAUGACAAAAGUUAUAUGGCAGGUAGUUAUAUGACAAAUAGUUAUAUGGCAGUUAGUUAUAUGACAAAUGUUAUAUGGCAGAUAUUUAUAUGACAAAUAGUUAUAUGGCAGUUAGUUAUAUGACAAAAGUUAUAUGGCAGUUAGUUACAUGACAAAAAGUUAUAUGGCAGUUAGUUACAUGACAAAAAGUAUAUGGCAGUUUAGUUACAUGACAAAAAGUUAUAUGGCAGUUAGUUAUAUGACAAAUAGUUAUGUGGCAGAUAGUUAUAUGACAAAUAGUUAUAUGGCAGAUAGUUACGUGGCAGAUAGUUAUAUGGCAGUUAGUUAUGUGGCAGAUAGUUAUAUGACAAAUAGUUAUAUGGCAGAUAGUUACGUGGCAGAUAGUUAUAUGGCAGUUAGUUAUGUGGCAGAUAGUUAUAUGACAAAUAAUUAUACGCCAAAUAGUUUAUCCACUUGGGAUUUAAUUCCAGUGAUUUUAGGGAUAUGAAGGUUCCUUCAAUGUGGAAUCUUACUGUUUAUGACAAAAGUUAUAUGGCAGUCUGGCAGAUAGUUAUAUGGCAGAAAGUUAUGGCAGUUAGGUAUAUGACAAAUAGUUACAUGGCAGAUAGUUAUAUGACAAAUAAUUUUUUUUUUAAUUUUUUUUUAAAUAAAGUUUAUUCACCUGGGAUUUAAUUCCGGUGAUUUUAGGGAUAUGAAGGUUCCUUCAAUGUGGAAUCUUACUGUUUAUAGAAGGAAAUAUAGGAGGUGCCUGUGUUUGGGGCCCGUUCCUCCGGUCCCUUAAUGGAACCUUUAAUCUAACGUAAUAAAAGAGGCAGAGAGUAUUAGUCUGUAGGCUUUGGGCUUUUUAUUGCUCCAAAAACUAAUCCAAAAAGUUAAUCAAGGGCUACGGUGGCAUUAAAUUCAUCAUUCCUGAGGUAUUUCCUCUCCCUAUACUCGCCCAUAAAAUGGUAGAAUCUCUGAAUUUGCCCCAAACCGACUGCUCUUCACUAGAAGGAACUAAAGGGCUCAUGUCCAAUGGCAGGGAUAGGGUAUGAAAUGCAUAAUAUUGUAUUUACCACCAAUCUAUGGGCGGAGCUUAGUGUAUUUAGUGCAGGGAACAGAGCAGAGCUGGACCAAUCAGUGCUACUGGUACAUGUGCUCCCCCCGUGGCCCUCACAAUGGUAUGGCCCUUAGCGCUACUGCACUUGUCUAAUAUUGUAACUUGGGUUACUGAAUCGGCACUUUGAUGGGAGAACAGAACCUCAACUGUUAUGGCUACAGGACUCCGGGGGCCACGUAAGGAUCAGCAGGGGCGGGGUCAGGAGCAAGGGGCGUGUCCCAAGUGCUCACAUGGUGCAGCGGGGGCCCUAUUAAGGCUUUGCUGGGUUUGCUGAAGUUACAUCCCUGAAUGUGAUUAUUAAACUUUUCAUAAUAAACAUAAACGUAUGGUUAAUUGGUGCUUACAAA